AUGGUGAUCCGGGGCGUGUGCGACAGUAUAUCACGUGAUAUCGCAUCCUCCGCGGUGACAGGCAAGCGACACACGACUCAAAUGUCGAUUUUCAAGACGAUAGCAAGGGGACAUGGACGGUUCAAGGCUAGGAGUAGUCGCCAGUUCAUUGUCUCGACAGUAUGUGAACUCUUACUGGCCCGGCACAAAGACAGAGGCUCUCAGCUGAUUGUGGCCAGUAAUCUCCGUCUGGUUCUGAGCCACAAACCGCACCUGGAGCAUCUGUUAUGGGAUCAUUACAGACGCUCUGUUGCAUGUCUCUGUCGUGAAUUGAGCGCACUGUGUGUCAACAGUAUGGAAGAGAGUGGUCUGGAAAUGCUGAUUCAGGAACUCUUACUGUGCCUGGACCUGCUUACUAAACCAAAAUACGUGGGAAUGGCUGAAUUGAAGCAUGACCUAUGGAACUGCAUCGAUUCCAUGCUCUACAAGUACAAAGAAGUGUCUGAGAUGCACGUGUUAAUUCUAUCGAUUUCGGUCUCUUUAUUUCAGGUUGUUUUUGGCAGUGACUACGAAAUUUGCCACGAAAUGGUUCCUUCUAUUUUCGCCAUUGGAACAAAGCUUUUCACGUCGAAAAGCAAAGCCGUGAGAGAAAUUUCGUUACGAUUCCUGCUAAAAAUGGAGAUCUAUCUGGCAUCUAUCUUUGGAAAAACCUGCCCUGUUCCCUUGGACCAAGAUAGACUUAAUCAGAUCGAAGACCACAUGGUGGAGUUGUUACAGGUGCUGAAAAACGAGUACAAUAGCAGCUCUUUGCAAGACAAUGAUGUGGUGUUUGAAGACGAGAUUGUGCUUGUCAACAGCAAAAAGACGAUGCAAUUUCUCAUUUGUAAAUUGAUAGCCAUGUUGGAGUAUGUCUUGUCCUAUACUCUGACGGAUGGAAACGUCAAGCAAGAGGAAGAUUUGCAUGGACCCCGAAAAAAACCGCGAGUAUCCAUCUCCCCCGAAACACCCACUCUCAAUGCCAUCUCUGCACAAAUCCAGGCAUUCCAGGCCUCCAAACCCAUCUCCGAGGUCGACAAACCUCUUGCAUCGCUUCUUUCUUCAAUAUCUGGGUCACUGGACAAAACUACACGAUGGAAAUUCUUUUCAGCAGCCAAACUACUCGCUCAAAGUCCACCUCUGAGCCCAAAGAACGCUCAUGACGUGGUUUUCCUGACCAAAUGGUGGACUGAAGGUGUUGCAAAGCUGCGAACGAGAUCCGAAGACUCUGCUUGUGUGCUUCUCACUACCAUCCUAAGACAACAUAGCUCAGCUCUUGAUCCCAAGCUGGUAGUGAGUCUAGCUUCCAAUGCCGAGAGUAAGGGGCCACUCAAGUACUCUAAUGUCAGUCUGGAGUUCGUCACCUGUGCUUCUCAGUUUUUGAUUAGUCAUAAGGCGUGCUCUCAGAGUCAGUGGUCCGACUGGUUGUUUGUGGUAUUGGCUUCGGAACAGAUUGGUGCAACAAGCUCAAAAAUGAUGCUGGACACUGCUGGGUUGCUGCUGGCGUCAGUGGGAUGCCUAAUCAGGAUGAUUGAAACACCCCAGAACACUCUGGAGACUACCACCAGCUCUAUCAUGUGGAAGACAGACUUCAAAACCACCUCCAGUACCUCUGGUGACAUUGAAUUGACAGAGUGCAUGCCUUCCAUCACGAUCAGAGACCUCAAGAGCGGCUUUCAAAACUACCUGAACGAAUUAGGAGAUUGGUGUGAGAGUGCAAGUAUAGAUGUCAAUGUGGUUCUACCUUCCACCGUAUUUGCUCUUGUGGUCUGUGCUGUUCUAGACCGACAAGGCACUCCUGUGGGCUUGAAUAGUCGUAUUUCGGACUUUCUGGCAGUGGUUACUAAACGUGUCGAAGGUGGGUCGUGUGACAGUCACGUUUUCUUUGAAGCCAUCACUUUGAUCAACCGUCUGAGACACUACAAUCUCCUCGGCGACUCUCUUUGCAUUUUGUGGGAUUCGUUCAUAAAUGGAAUUGAGAAGUUAUUGAACGUGAGUCAAGUGACCGAAAACGAGUUUGACCCCGAUUCUCCUUCUGGAAAGAAUAUCAUGCCUGAUUUACGUCUUUCGUUGCUGUUGAGAGGGCCUCUUAAAUCUGAACCCUUUCUAUUAGCGAUCUUCCCGUCUGACAUCAAACAGUACGCUUCUUGCGACCCCGGUAAACGUCUCCCAGAGCUUUUUAGAUACGUUGGUCAAACUCUGCUAUCUUCAUACCUCUGGGACUGUUCUCCUUUGGCCAAACAACUUGUCGUCGACUUGUUGGACGUAUACUUCAAAAGCGGCAUGACAGAAUCGUCAGAUGCUGAUGAUCUGCAACGCUGGGUGUCCCGAGACAAGUUUCUCGUGGGUCCACAGCUGCUCUACGGCCUGAUGCAGGUCUCCACGCCUUCAGAAUAUCUCAACUUGUACUCCAGCGUGGCAAUUUGUGCUGCUGAACGAGUCUCUUCACAAGACUCGUACCAUUGCAUGGAUGCGACACUGACUCGCAUGUCCUCGGCCAAAUCCAAAUCACGACUUGUGGUCGAGGAAAUGAUCGUGGCUCUUCUUAGUGUCCACAGAGAGUGCCUGAGCCUGUUACCGGUGGUUAUCGAGCGAGUGAAAACGGAUAUGCUGCGUCAGAAACUCGACACAGACUCUGAAUCUCUGGUGCGGUUCUGCAAGCAGACUGGAACUGAUUCUAUUCUUGAUAAAAUCCUUUCCGUCAAGGUAGGUUCUUGUGUUUUUGAAGAGGAAGGGCAUUUCUCCACCCAACAGCUCUUAUGCAGCGAAGAUUCACUCCAAUGGAAUACCCAGGGACCUCCUUUGGACAUUCUGAGUCGCACAUGGCCUGAUUAUUCUCCUUGCACACUUCUGAUGUUAGUAAGAGGACUACUUAAUUUGAUGCUGAAGCCAAGAGUGUCGUUUGAAGUUCCGUUACGCUUGGUUCAGCUCAAGUAUGUGCUCUGUCUGUUUCCCAAGAGAGAUCUCUGCUCUCCGGAUAACUACGUGCUUCAACAGAUGGUUUCUUGUCUCAUUUCAUUCCUGUCUCAUUCUACAGUUGGAGCCAGUGUCAGGCAUCUGUUAAGUGAACUGUUUGAGGUCAUCAAACUACCCCAUCUGGAAGGAUACAUUGCCGAUCUCGGAGAACAGUCGUUCUUUGGAGCAGACGUGUCUCAGUUGCUGUAUCUACUUCACCCCUCAGAACCCCAUCUUUGUAAAUACAUUGAGUGGGUGAACAGCGGCUUUUCCGAUCCAGAGGCGUUCCUAUCUGUUUUCCUUCAUACAGAAAUUAGCGACAAACUUAAAGCUACUCUUCUCAAAAGCCUUGACUUUGGAGUAACCAAUAUGACACUCCUGGGUCUCAUGGACAUUGUGUGCACUAAGGAAACAGUCUCCUUUAUCAAACGAGCCUCGAAGCUGUAUUCUUUCGACUGGGAGGAGUCUAGGGUGCUCAGUCUGCUUCUUGGAAGAGGGUACUUGCUGUUUGGAGAAUCUAGCAAUAGUGCACCAAAAACCAACACUGAAACCUCAUUCUGGAAUGCACUCACGAGCGAGUUCCUGACUCUUUUGCGCGGGUCAGACUUUACAGCCAAAUUUGCUGUUGAGGUUUGUCUCUCAAAAAUCGUAACCAAAGUACAAGUGCAGGUUCCGGCAGAAUUACAGCAUGUGUUUGACUCUGGAGUGCUGGAGUACACUCAUACCGACGAGCCAACUACAGGAUGGGUUCAAAAAACGACUCUCGAGUUACUGGGCUUACUAGGAGGUGACUUUGAACUACUUAUUCCUCUAGUCAGGACCCUGUCCAGCACGUCUCCCCUUCUCCCGUUUAUUUUCAAAUGGACGUGUUUGGAGUACUGUCGACAAGGCGAGCCUUCCUAUCUGUCCCAGAUCCUGUCUCAAAACAGCUCUCUGGUGGUCAUCGAGACCUUUUUUUUCGUCAACUCGUUCACUGCUCACCGAACACUCAACUGGCAGCCCGAAAUAGUCAACUCAGCACUCACUCUGCAUCUCUACACCGAGGCUCUCUACUUUCUUGAGGCUGACAAGGCGUGCUGGGCGAGCCAGGAGAUCCAACCUAGCUACUACGACAUCUACCAGAACAUCGACGAUCCGGACUUGUUCUACGGGUUGAAGUUUACGCCGUGUCUUGAGUCGGCACUUAAACAGCUCAACCACGAGAACCAGAAUCUCACCUGCUUCGAGUACGAGUCGGGGUUGUUUGAUUGGAGUGUGGAGACGGGAGGUGGUGAAAGUAAGACGGACAUUCUUUCACACCUAAGCACAUCCGGAAUGAACGGCCUCGCGUAUACGAUCAACUCUGAUGACGUGUACCGGUGGAAGUUGGGCUUGCUGGAAGACCCCAUUCUGGAAACAGGUACAGAUGACCAGACGGUGCUGUCUCAACUGAGGAGUAUUGUGGUGGAUGAGAAACCUGUCCUGAAGAGUACCCUGUCCGACAAGUAUCUUGGCAUGCAAUACUUACUCUAUCAGAUGCAACUGGACGCGAACUCGGACUAUCUGGAUCGAAUCCAGCCUCCCGACGGAGUCCUAGACAUUCUACAGUUUUGUGCUUCAGCCUGGAGAACCAUCAAGACUGAGACAGCCUCCUACAAUGGUAUUUUAACACUGUCAAAGCUUGGAGCUGUCAGCAGAGAACUCAACAAUGCGCAAAUUUCAAAGAACUGCGCUGUUUCUUUACAGGAACUGUCCAGAACUGCGUCUCACAUUUCCGGAAACGUUUGCGCCAUUUCCAUCGCCUCUUGUCUAUGGUCCGAGGCUGCUGUGAGUCGAACGACACCCGUGGAAAUGCUCAAACGCAUGCUUGGAUCGAUAAAUCCCGGCCAGUCACCUGUAUUAGCUUCUCAGUUCUGCCAGGCGACCGUCCUACUCACCGACUGGUCUUCGCAAGCACGUAUGAUGUCUCCCGAGAAGAUUCAUCGUCUUUACAUUGCCGGAGCAAGUGAGUACAUGGCCCUGAUUCCGGCCGGCAACCCGAAAACACGCAUGUUUCACGUGUUUGCAAAGUUCUGUGAGACCCAGCUGCACUCGCAAAACUACGACGAGCAGAUUCACAACGCUGUUAUGGACAUUGAACGUCUGGAGGGUGAAUUGGCGAACCUGUCGCGAAUAUCAAUGACCAGGGAGAUUAAACACGCGCAAAGAAUCUCAAGGAAGUCGCUGGAUCGUGCCAAGGAAUCGAAACUUAACUACGAGAGACUCAAGGCUAUGUUCCUUGACUCGGCAGUGCAAUUCUACCUUCUUUCGUGUGCUGUCCGAGACUCUGAAUACCAUGAAGAUGUGACUCGGCUGAUUUCGCUCUGGUUUGGCAAUUCGCACGUGAACUUUGUCAAUGAACGUAUGCAGGACUACGCCCUGAUUCCGUCGUUCAAACUGGCUCCUCUCAUCAACCAGCUGUCUUCCAAGCUUUCUUACGAGCCCAACAACUACUUUCAGACGCUUCUCCUAGACCUAGUGUCUGCCACAUGCAAAGCUCACCCAUUCCACUGUCUCUAUCAAAUUUCAUCCCUCAUGCGCACCGACGCGUCUCCCCAGACUGAGAGACGCAUCCAGGCCGCAGUCAAGGUGUGGAACACCGUUAAAACGCAGGAGAAGACAAUUUGCCGAGCCAUGGAGAUUUUCACUGACAAAUGCGUGGAGCUGGCAAACGCCGAAUGGCCUGGUAAGGGUCAAAAGGCGUCUAUCAAUCAAUUUCCAAACGGCUCAUGGUGGCAGAAUGGUCUUAGGAAGCUCAAUAUACCCCCUCCCACUGCUCAGAUUCCGCUAUCUCUCGAUUACACCGACAUACCGUCAAUGAACAAGGUGCUCGCGCAGGUGAUCAAAGCAGGUGGUAUUUCGCACCCUAAAAUCAUGGACUUCCAACUCUCUGACGGCUCAGUGUCCAAGGCGCUUCUCAAGGGAGGCAAAGACGAUAUGCGACAGGACGCUAUCAUGGAGCAGGUGUUUUGCAGAGUCAACCAGUACUUUUUGGGCGACCCCGAGACCCGCAAACGUGGCCUGUCUAUCAGAACGUACAAUGUGGUACCCAUGGGUCCUCGAGCAGGCAUGAUUGAGUUUGUGGCCAACACGGAGUCUCUCCAGGCAGCUCUGGUGCCUUUACACGAAAAAGACGACUGGGAUUACCUUACCGGACGGACCAAAAUGAGUGCGGUAGCCAAGGAGAGCAACAGUCGACGGGUCGAGGUACUGGAGGAAAUCUACACGCACGUGACGCCUGUAAUGAGCCAAUACUUUUUUCAGAACUUUCGUUCGUCCGCCCAGGCCUGGUUCAAAGCCCGUACCAACUAUGUGCGUUCAGCAGCUGCUUCUUCCAUGCUUGGUUACAUUCUUGGUAUUGGAGAUCGACAUUGUAACAACAUUAUGAUUGAUUACAAGACAGGUCAAUUGGUGCAUAUCGACUUGGGUAUUUCGUUUGACCAGGGCAAGAACCUGACUGUGCCUGAAAAGGUGCCCUUUCGACUCACAAGAGACAUGGUUGAUGCCAUGGGUAGUGUGGGAGUCGAUGGGCCAUUUAGGCGCUGCUGUGAAUUGUCCCUGGGUCUGUUCCGAGAACAGCAGGAUAACAUUCUAUCGAUUCUCAACGUGCUUCGUUACGAUCCGUUGUAUUCGUGGACAAUGUCCCCCAAGAAAAAACAAACAAGAAGCUCUUCGGGAUCAGACUUGUCUGAUAUCAAGUUGGAGGAGUCCAACGUGACGGCAGACAUGUGUCUGAGCGGUGUAAAGGGGAAGCUCGCAGUGAGAUUGAGCACGGAGGCCGUGGUGAGAGAGCUGAUUGGGGAGGCGGUGAGCGUGGAGAAUCUGGCUGUGAUUUUUCACGGGUGGACGCCGUUCUACUGA